AUGCCUUUCGGGAACACCCACAACAAGUUCAAGCUGAACUACAAGCCUGAGGAGGAGUACCCUGACCUCACCAAGCACAACAACCACAUGGCCAAGGCGCUGACCCUCGAGCUCUACAAGAAGCUUCGGGACAAGGAGACUCCCUCCGGCUUCACUCUGGACGAUGUCAUCCAGACAGGUGUGGACAACCCAGGUCACCCCUUCAUCAUGACCGUGGGCUGUGUGGCCGGUGACGAGGAGUCCUACCAGGUUUUCAAGGAUCUCUUCGACCCCAUCAUCCAGGACCGGCAUGGCGGCUACAAACCCACCGACAAGCACAAGACCGAUCUCAACCAUGAGAACCUCAAGGGUGGAGACGACCUGGAUCCCAACUACGUGCUCAGCAGCCGCGUCCGCACGGGCCGCAGUAUCAAGGGCUACACGCUGCCUCCCCACUGCUCCCGGGGCGAGCGCCGGGCGGUGGAGAAACUCUCCGUGGAUGCCCUCAACAGCCUGACAGGCGAGUUCAAGGGGAAGUACUACCCUCUGAAGAGCAUGACCGAGCAGGAGCAGCAGCAGCUCAUCGAUGACCACUUCCUGUUCGACAAGCCUGUGUCCCCACUGCUGCUGGCCUCAGGCAUGGCCCGAGACUGGCCCGACGCCCGCGGCAUCUGGCACAAUGACAACAAGAGCUUCCUGGUGUGGGUGAACGAGGAGGACCACCUCCGAGUCAUCUCCAUGGAGAAGGGGGGCAACAUGAAGGAAGUUUUCCGCCGCUUCUGCGUGGGGCUGCAGAAGAUUGAGGAGAUCUUCAAGAAAGCCGGCCACCCCUUCAUGUGGAACGAACACUUGGGCUACGUGCUCACCUGCCCAUCCAACCUGGGCACCGGGCUGCGUGGAGGCGUGCAUGUCAAGCUGGCGCACCUGAGCAAGCACCCCAAGUUCGAGGAGAUCCUCACCCGUCUGCGCCUGCAGAAGCGGGGCACAGGUGGUGUGGACACAGCUGCCGUGGGCUCGGUGUUCGACGUGUCCAACGCCGAUCGGCUGGGCUCAUCCGAAGUAGAACAGGUGCAGCUGGUGGUGGAUGGUGUGAAGCUCAUGGUGGAGAUGGAGAAGAAACUGGAAAAGGGCCAGUCCAUCGACGACAUGAUCCCCGCCCAGAAAUAGGCGUCCAGCCCACCCGCCGCCGACUGCUGGAGCCCCAGCCAAAGGGAGAACUCGGACCACCGGAGGCCCGCCCCAAACCCCCACCCCGGCCCAAAGCCCCACCUCUAAGGGUUCGGUCAACUAGGGGCUCGCGCCACUCUGCUCGGAAUUUCAUUUCCAAUGAGAGUUCCAGCCAAUGGGUUUCAUCCUCUGAGUCCUGGCCAAUGAAAAACCUCCCUCGCACCCUCGUCUCCCUUUCCCAGAGCUCCGCCCACCACCAGGAGCUCGGGUUAAUGGAGAGAGAGCUCUCCGACACACCUGGAGCUCGUGCUUUUUCUACGCUCCAAGCAGCAAAUAAAAGCAAUGGUGGCCUUA